AUGAACCAUGUAAAAUGUGUUUAUACAGGCAAAGAGAAGUUGGAUAGUGCUAAAAGGCCCAAGACUGGAGGAGGCCCUCCCCAACCCCCACUUACUGCAGAAGAAGAGACAUUCUUGAGGUUAUCUGAGAGUGAACCAAGUGUUAGUGGUGUGGAGGGAGGAAUUGAUACAGAUGCCCCUACAUUCCAAGUCUCAGAAGUGAAUGAGAGCCAGCUGCAGUCUGCACAACAAGGUUCACAAUGUCAAGAACAGACAUCAAAUGGAAAAGAUACAUCAAGUUCAGUUGAUUAUGUUCCUAGGAUGGUUCAAAAUGUAAAGAGAAAAGAGAAGACAGGUGAAGCCAAAAGGAGAAAAUUGGAGGAGCUGGAUGAGAGAAAUUUAAUAUUGGACAGCCAACGACUCAAGAUAAAAGAAGAGAGAGAAUGUCUUGCUCUUAAGAAGGAAGUCCUACUAUUAAAAAAACAAAAACUGUUAUGUGAAAUUCAGUCAUCUUAUCCAGAUUUUAUUACAGCACUAUCAUCUGAAUUAUAA